GGCAACUUACUUCCCAUGAAAGGAUUCACACUGAGGAGAAGCUAUACAAAUGCAGAGAGUCUGGUAACAGGUUCAGAAGUCGUAGUAAUCUCAUUUCCCAUAAAAGGAUCCACUCAGGAGAGAAGCCGUAUAAAUGCAUGGAAUGUGGAAAGACGUUUGCUCAAAGAGGUGAACUUAUUUCCCAUAAGAGGAUCCACACAGGGGAGAAGCCAUAUAAAUGCAUCGAGUGUGGAAAGACCUUUGCUCAAAGUGCUCAUCUUAUUCGCCAUAAGAGGAUCCACACAGGUGAGAAGCCAUAUAAAUGCAUGGAGUGUGGAAAGACCUUUGCUCAAAGUGGUCAUCUUACUUCCCAUAAGAGGAUCCACACAGGGGAGAAGCCAUAUAAAUGCAUGGAGUGUGGAAAAAUGUUUAAGCGUAGCAGUGGACUCAAUAAUCACAAUAAGCUCCACAGAAGAGAAAAGUCCUAUAAAUGCAUCGAGUGUGGAAAGACCUUUGCUCAAAGUGGUCAUCUUACUUUCCAUAAGAGGAUCCACACUGGGGAGAAGCCGUAUAAAUGUAUGGAGUGUGGAAAGACCUUUGCUCAAAGAGGUCAUCUUAUUCGCCAUAAGAGGAUCCACACAGGUGAGAAGCCAUAUAAAUGCAUCGAGUGUGGAAAGACCUUUACUCAAAGUGGUCAUCUUACUUUCCAUAAGAGGAUCCACACUGGGGAGAAGCCGUAUAAAUGUAUGGAGUGUGGAAAGACCUUUGCUCAAAGAGGUGGUCUUAUUCGCCAUAAGGUGAUCCACACUGGGGAGAAGCCGUAUAAAUGUGUGGAGUGUGGGAAAACAUUUACGCAUAGCAGUGGACUCAAUUACCACAAUAAGUUCCACACAAGAGGAAAGUCCUAUAAAUGCAUGGAGUGUGGAAAGAUCUUUGCUUGUAGAAGUCAUCUUAGUCGCCAUAAGAUGAUCCACACAGGGGAGAAGCCAUAUAGAUGCAUGGAGUGUGGAAAGACCUUUGCUCAUAGAAAUCAUUUUACUUCCCAUAAGAGGAUCCACACAGGGGAGAAGCCGUAUAAAUGCAUGGAGUGUGGGAAAACGUUUACGUGUAGCAGUGGACUCAGUCAGCACAAUAAGCUCCACACAAGAGAAAAGUCCUAUAAAUGCAUGAAAUGUGGAAAGACCUUUGCUGAUAGUAAUGUACUUACUAUCCACAAGACGAUUCACGCAGGGGAAAAGCCAUUUAAAUGCAUGGAGUGUGGAAAGACCUUUGCUCAGAGAUAUCAUCUUACUUCCCAUAAAAGGAUCCACACAGGGGAAAAGCCAUUUAAAUGCAUGGAGUGUGAAAAGACCUUUACUCAAAGAGGUCAUCUUAUUCGCCAUAAGGUGAUCCACACAGGGGAAAAGCCAUUUACAUGCAUGGAAUGUGGAAAGGCCUUUGCUGAAAGAGAAAGUCAAGGCCAUCUUGCCCUGCACCUGGGAGGCUGGAACUAGGAGGCCUGUCCAGUUGGGACUAUGCUGUAAUUGGACCAUGUGAUGGACUUGUGGGUGUUGGGCAGGGACUUGAACUUCCUUUGGGAGGGGAAACCCUGGAAGCUUUCAGAUUUGGGUUUCCCCAGGUGUGCCAAGAUAACGUCUGUAAUAAAAUGUGACUUUGAGGAAAUCCAAGCCUCGGAGUUUUCUUUUGUUGGGGGUGUUACUUGAAACCCUGACAUUCUGUUCUGUUCUUUUCCGUAAAGGGAAAUAGAAUUGAAAGAAAUAUAAAAACCCCAUGAACAAAAAUUGCUACACGCCCAACUAUGUAGAUGUAGUCCUGGACUUGUGAGCCCAAUUGAGCUCAACAUUUCUGUUGUUAAGUGAAACCUUUCUUAAGUGAGCUUUGUCCCAUUUUACGACUUUUCUUGCUACGGUUGUUAAGUGAAUCACUGAGUUUAUUAGUAACAUGAUUGUUAAGUGAAUCUGGUUUCCCCAUUGAUUUUGCUUGUCAGAAAGUUGCAAAAGGGGAUCACGUGAUCCAGGGCAAUGCAACUGACAUAAAUAUGAGUCAGUUGCCAAGUGACUGAAUUUUGAUUACAUGAUCAUGAGGAUACUGCAACGGUUGCAAGUGUGAAAAACAGUCAUAACUCACUAUUUUCAAUUCCAUCGUAACUUCGAAUGAUCACUGAAUGAACUGCUAUAAGUCUAGCACUAUCUGAAUAUCCUUAAUUAUUUUAAGGAAUACUGUAGCCUCUAUGCUCAAGUUUCAUUUUUGAUGCUUUCUGAGCAGGAAGCUUCAAACAAUUAAAGAGAAAAAGCAUAUAAAAAUCAACUCCAGAAUAAUUCCUAACACAGCUGAAAAACAAAGACACCAAGAGAAUUUUAUUCCUCUGUUCUUUCGGUAUAAAUUUAAUAUUUUGGACACAAACUCAUGAAAUUCUUUGAGUUGAAAAACAAAUCUGAAUCUGCUUUGUCUUUAUUGUUGCAUUGUGAUGGGGUACUACGUCUUUCAGCAGAAAUGGGUUAGAAUAAGUUCAAAUUAAAAAGAAACUACUGGGGGAAAAACACAGAGAAAGGAAGAGUAAGAGUAGGGGAAGGAGACCAAAAGGAAGGAGAGAGAAACAAAUGGUGACAGAGAAAAGGGGAAAGAGAAAAAGCAAGCACAAGAAAGAAAAGGCGAAAGAAGAAAAGAGGGAAAGACUCAGAAAUAGGAGAAGGAAAGGAUGAGAAAGAAAUGGAGAAAGGAAAAAAAGAUAGGAAUAUAGUGCAGGAGAAAGGAAGAGAGAAGGAAAGAAAAAAGGAGGAGAAAAUGAAAAAAAUGGGAAAGGAGAGAAAAGAAGGAAGGAAAAAAGAAAAGAUGGAAAAGGAAGUGAAAGGAAGUGAAAGA